CGUAUCUGUACCUCCAGAAAGGGAAAAAGGUUCCAAUUUUUUUCGUGAAAAUUUUUUCCAGAAAACAAAUCCAAACAAUUUGUUUCUAUUUUUAUCUCAGAAAUUCGUUUGUUUUCUGGAAAAAUUUUAGCUUGAAUUUCUGAUCUAUUGUUUGUGAAAAGGUCGAAUUUUUUCUCUUCAUUUCUGUAAAAAAAAAAAAAAAAAAAAAUCGUCGAAAAUGGAGGUCUCUGUGAUUGGGAGCUCGCAGGCGAAGGUUGGACGGACAGAGUUGGCGUACAGGGAGCUAGGGUUGUGUAGUUCGAAAGCUCAUGGCGUUAUGGCGCUGAAUUCGAGGGCCAAUUUGCGCUUGGCCUCGCUCAGCACGAGGUGGAAGAACGCUGGGCUUCGAUUUUCUCCGAUGACCGUACGAUCACAACAUGUACGACCUAAGGAAGUCUCCGGCAUCGCGGGAAGAUCCAAAUCGGGAAAAAUUGUAAAUUCGAAGCAAGAAACGUACAUACCACAGAUUGAAUUAUUGAAGUCUGAUGGUGUGAGGUUAUUUGUUGGAUUGCCCUUGGAUGUAGUUUCAGACUGCAAUACAAUAAACCAUGCAAGAGCAAUAGCUGCUGGACUAAAGGCACUGAAACUAUUAGGCGUGGAAGGCAUUGAACUCCCAGUUUGGUGGGGAAUAGUUGAGAAAGAAGAGAUUGGAAAAUACGAGUGGUCGGGUUACCGAGCUGUUGCAGAGAUGGUUGAGAAUGCAGGACUCAAGCUUCAUGUAUCACUUUGCUUCCAUGGGUCGAAAAAACAAAAAAUCCCGCUCCCUAAGUGGGUGUACCGGAUUGGUGAAUCCGAGCCUAGUAUCUUCUUUACUGAUCGAUCAGGGCAGCGUUACAAAGAGUGCUUGUCAUUGGCUGUGGACGAUCUUCCUGUUCUUGAUGGAAAAACUCCAGUUCAAGUUUACCACGACUUUUGUCAGAGCUUUAAGUCUGCAUUCAUGUCUUGCUUGGGUUCCACAAUAGAUGGCGUUUCCAUGGGCUUAGGCCCUGAUGGCGAGCUCCGAUAUCCUUCUCACCACCGGGCAUCAAAGGGCAGUAUUGGAGUUGGAGAAUUCCAGUGUUAUGACAAAAACAUGCUUAGCAUUUUGAAGCAGCACGCUGAAGCAUCAGGAAAUCCCCUCUGGGGACUCGGCGGUCCCCAUGAUGCUCCCAGCUAUGACCAGUCCCCACACGAGAACAAUUUCUUCAAGGACCAUGGGGGAUCGUGGGAAUCUCCAUAUGGCGAUUUGUUCCUUUCGUGGUACUCUAACCAACUCGUAGAUCAUGGCAAUCGUCUACUUUCCAUGGCUUCCUCGGUUUUUGAGGACACUGGAGUGGCGAUUCAUGGUAAACUACCGCUUAUGCAUUCAUGGUACGGAACUAGGUCUCACCCUUCUGAGAUGACUUCAGGGUUCUACAAUACCUGCUCUAGAGAUGGUUACGAAGCUGUGGCACAGAUGUUUGGAAGCAAUUCAUGCAAGAUAAUAUUGCCUGGAAUGAACCUAUCGGACGCACACCAGCCCCGUGAUUCUCUUUCAAGUCCCGAGUUGUUGCUUAAACAAAUUAGGACGGCUUGCAGAAAGCAUGGGGUUGAGGUUUCCGGACAGAACUCUUCAGUUAAAAAUGCUCCUGAUGGCUUUGAACAGAUCAAGAAGAAUUUGUUCGGUGAGAACGUGAUCAACUUGUUCACUUAUCAGCGAAUGGGUGAGGAUUUCUUCUCGCCGAAGCAUUUCUCGUCGUUCAUGCAGUUCGUCCGAAGUCUUAAUCAACCGCAAUUACAUUCAGAUGAUCUGCUUAGUGAGGAGGAAGCUGUGGAGACUGUACCCGUGACUUCAGAAUCAGGCAUCAACAUGCAAGCCGCUUAGUAAGACUUAGAAAUAUGUUCAUGUAAAUACCGAACGUAUAUUCUAUCAUUGUUAGUGAAGAAGAGCUUUCAUUAGACAAAACAUAACGAGCAAGGAAUUGCCAACCAGUCGAGUAUUUUCUAGUAUUUUACUCAGAAAUAUAUGUAUGUGUAUGUGUGUGUGUGUGUGUGUGUGUGUGUGUGUGUGAACACUUGAUCCUGUCCAGUUUUUAUAAGGAGUCAGAAGUUUUAUAUAUACUUUCUUCUUAGCA